GCUUUAGUGAUGGGGAACGGGGACGGCCUUGCCCCUGCCGACAGCUGCUGGGUUUGGAAGAGAAGCGCAAAUUCGUUCUACACGUGUGCCAGGAGCCCAAAGAGUUAGGGCCUUCACAGCAUGAGCGAUAGUGCUGAUUGCUCUUCAGGGUGCCGUUGGCAGUGGCUGGAGAUCAACCAGCCCUUCACUUCUUACUAUCACUUCUUAAAAAAAACACCAUCAGAAUGAGAAAGCGGGUAUAUUGGGUGUAAGGGUGUAUUGGGUAGUCUGGUUUGGCAGAAAUGCCGCUGCAAAUAGUCCAUAAGGCAGUUAUUUAUGGGAGAGAAGGGACACUAGCUGGAUAUUCUGUUGGUGUGUAGUUCAACUGUCACCUUACGUUGACUUGAUCUCUCGUCUCCCUGAGGUGCCAACGAUGGCUGUAGAGAAAGUCUUUGUGUACAACAACACAUCCAUUGUGCAGGAUGAGAUUCUGGCUCAUCGCUUGGGCCUCAUCCCUAUCCGAGCUGACCCUCGACUCUUCGAAUAUAGAAACCAAGGAGAUGAAGAAGGCACAGAAAUUGAUACUCUGCAGUUCCAGCUGAAAAUAAAAUGCAGCCGAAACCCUCAGGCAGCCAAGGAGUCAUCUGAUCCUGAUGAACUAUAUUUCAAUCACAAAGUGUACAGUAAACAUAUGACGUGGGUGCCCUUGGGGAAUCAGACAGACCUCUUCCCAGAUGCUGACUUCCGACCUGUUCACGAUGACAUCCUCAUUGCACUGCUGCGACCUGGCCAAGAAAUAGAUGUGCUUAUGCACUGUGUCAAGGGUAUAGGUAAAGAUCAUGCCAAGUUCUCUCCUGUGGCCACGGCUAGUUAUCGACUGCUUCCUGACAUUACCCUCCUGCAGCCUAUUGAGGAUGAGGCAGCUGAGAUGUUGCAGAAGUGCUUUUCCCCAGGAGUCAUUGAGAUCCAGAAUAUCAAGGGAAAAAAGGUGGCAAAAGUAGCCAAUGCACGGUUGGACACAUUCAGCAGAGAAGUUUUCCGUCAUGAGAGUCUGAAAAACCUUGUGCGCCUGGCAAGAGUACGAAACCAUUAUAUCUUUUCAGUGGAGUCAACGGGUAUCUUGCCUCCAGACGUGCUGGUGAGCGAAGCCAUCAAGAUCCUGAUGGGGAAGUGUCAGCGCUUCCUGAAUGAGCUGGACUCUGUGCCUAUGGACUGACCAGGCUGAGCCUGGGAAGCAUAUCCCUGUGCUGCUCUUUGGGGCUUCCUGCAUCUGCCUGCAGGGGUGAUCCUCUUCCGUAGGCAAGAGGGGUGAAAUGGGCUUGUUAAGAGUCCUAGGACCAUCUCUUUGAAUUUGUUGUCUGUUGGUAACGAGCCUCAGUGAGGAGAUGCACUAAAAUAAAGGGUUUUCUUUAC